AUGAGCGUUGAUAACUCUAAUCCAUCAGUACUGCCAUUUCCCAAGAGGAGUCCUUCCGACCUAGAGGGAAGUCUUCCAAAGUACGAGCCCGAGCACGAUGGAAUGACAUGGCCACAAAAUACAUCGAGCACGACGUUUCCCGAAGAUACUUUUGUAUCGUACGAAUCUUCCCCAGACCAGAUCACCAUUCCCAACCAAACUAGCAAUACCAGCACCAAUGGUGACUCAGAAGCGUUGAUGGACCAGCUUUCCGGUCGGAUAGGCUCUCUACAGCUGGCAGAAGAUGGCCAACUUCGAUUUUAUGGUGCAACUUCCAAUUUACAUAUCCUGCAUAAUGGUCCCAUGUCCUUAUCAAGAUCCAAGUUUCGCUCUGCCUCAGAGGAUGGUGCCAAUCUUCUUAUUGGUGGUGGCGUCGGUCACCAGGUCAGUGAGGAGCUCGAGGAUCAUUUGCUGAAACUCUAUCUGUGUUGGGAAGAUCCAAGUAUCCAUGUUGUGGAUGAGCGUGUAUUCUGGCGUGAACGACAGAGAUGCAAGGCAACGAAUUCCACAAGUUCUGUGUACUCAGAAGUUUUGACCAACGCAAUGUGUUCCAUCGGCGCGACGUUGACAGGUCGGCACUGUCCAGAACUGCCAGAAAACCUUCCGGACUUUUUUGCAACCCGUGCCAAACUAUUACUCGAGCUAGAAAUGGAUGCUCCCACGAUCUCCACCGUCCAAUCACUUGUCAUAUUGAGUGCCAUAGAAGCUGCUUUGACAAGAGAUGCUCGUGGAUGGCUGAACAGUGGCAUGGCCGUAAGGCUAGCUGUCGAUCUCGGCUUACAUCUUGAUCCACAGCCAUAUGUCAAUGCCGGGAUGAUUGAAGAGGAGGAGGCAGCUGUCCGCAAAGUGGUCUGGGGUGGCGUUUUUGUCCACGAUCGAAUGUGGAGUUUGUACGUUGGACGACCAGUUGGUUUGGACGACAAGAACAUCACAGUUUCCUUUUGCGAGAUUGACCCCAAUUCGCCACAAGCACACAAGUACUGGUCCCCCUAUAUCGACGAAAGUGAAGGCCUCGAUAUGAUCAGCAUGCUAGAUCCGAUCGAUGAGAUAGCGAUCUGGAAUGUCAAGCUGUGUGCUAACAUGACUAUCAUUCGUGAGACACUAUAUCCCGAUGGUUUGGCCGAUCCCAAGAGCCCAAGACAGCUCUAUGAUUUUGCCAGUGCUAUGCGACUCACUCUCUCACAGUGGCAGAUGGAUCUUCCACUGAAUCUGCACGUGGAUGAGUUCGACACCUGUGGGGCUACGGAUCAAGCCCGCAGUGAUAUCGCGUGGAAGAAUUUGGAAAUAUGCAGUCAAGCACUCAGUGAAAUAGGACUAGUGUACAGGAAUGCGGCAAGAGCACAUGAAGUGAUUAUGGGGAUGAAAAGUGAACUUCUACGGCGGUCAAGAUCCAAGGCGAAACGACAUAAUCCUUGGAGCGAAAAUAUCGAUUCAGGAUCUUACAUGCAGAAGAAACGCAAAGAAAGCAAUCAAGAUGAGCAUUAUAUACGGAGGAAAUCUGCCUCCACCGACACGAAUGUUUCUGCAUUUGAUCCGGGCAUGUCUGAAACUGGACAGGCAUUUAACUUCAUGGAUUCAAGUUUCGAUGACUUCUCACUUGACACUUUAUUUUGGAGUGGCUAUAACAACUUGGAUUUCCCUCAGUUCCCGACUCAGGAGGCACAAAUCAAUCUUCACGAUCCAGACAAUGCUUGA